AUGCUGUUCAACUGGCUGGUCGUCAUUCUCUUUCUACAAGCCUAUGAUUAUGUGAAUGCUGAGUGGGACGUCUUCGACGAAAAGUGUGAAGAAAAAUGCAGUCUGUACAAUUUAGCUAGAAGUGACUGUGGUAGGCUGUGUUCAAAAGCUACCGGUGCACAAACAUUCUACUGUACACUAGGAUGCGCAAAGAAUUCUUCAACAGCAGAGGAUUACGAAACAUGUAAAGGAUUGUGUAAAGCUGAAAAUCUAACCAAAGAAAAUUGUAAAGUCGACUGUGAACUGACUACUGAAAGUCGCUAUAUCUGUGAUACUGUUUGCGCUGAUAAUGUAGCCGCAUCUCUACCUCGUUGUUUAUUUUACUGCGCCAAAUCAUAUCCUCCUAAAGUGGGCUGUGUGGAAAAACCAGAUAAAACUGGAAGAGAAUGUGAAAACCCUAAUUUAUAUAAUUGCACACGGUGGUGCUACGAUGGGGAUUGGAAACGGAUAAACUCAAACCUUUGA